AUGGAGAAGAGGGAAGACAAUGGAGAUGUGAAGGUUGUUGGGGGAGUGGGAUCUAACAGUAAGUUCCCAUUGAGCUUCUGGGAGGUGGCUGUGGCUUCCACGGUCCUAUUGGGCUUCGUGGUUGGCCUUCUGGUCGUUUACCUAACCAUGCCUGUAUCGGAUUAUAGCUUUCUCAAGCUCCCUCGUAGCCUCCAAGAGCUUCAAAUCCUCAGAGUUCACCUUGAGGACUACACAAGUGACUACACUGCUCAGGUUUUGUUGGGGUACUGCAUGGUUUAUAUAUUUAUGCAGACUUUCAUGAUCCCUGGUACUGUAUUCAUGUCCUUGCUUGCCGGUUCCCUUUUUGGGAUUUUCAAAGGCGUAGCUUUAGUGGUGUUCAAUGCCACUGCUGGUGCAUCUUCUUGUUAUUUUUUGUCGAAGUUGAUAGGGAGGCCCAUUGUCUUCUCUCUUUGGCCUGACAAGCUGCAGUUUUUUCCAAAAUCAGUCAUUAAUUUUUUCUUCCAGGUGGCUAAAAGAAGAGAUGGACUUUUAAACUACAUGUUGUUUCUACGAUUGACUCCGACUUUGCCAAACACGUUUAUUAAUCUUGCUUCACCAAUAGUGGAUGUACCCUAUCAUAUUUUCUUCCUGGCAACCAUAGUUGGUCUGAUACCAGCUGCUUAUGUCACUGUCAGGGCUGGAUUAGCUCUUGGAGAGUUGCGAUCCCUUGGGGAUCUCUAUGAUUUCAACUCAAUAGCCACCUUGUUCUUCAUUGGAGUUGUCUCAGUUACUCCCACUCAUUUGGGUAUCACCUCGGUACAGUUAGCAUCUGUCCGCAUUUAA